ACUUAUUGUAGAAUCAGAUCAAUUGACAUAUUAGAAUAAGACGUUUAUAAGGAGUUAUCAUUUGUGUACAAUGCCUAUCUCUGUUCCCCUCCCUUCUCUCCUGGCCACUGCCACAGGCAUCACUGGCUCAGCCUAUGCAUCAGGUUUCAUUGCCUCUCUUUCGCUUGCUGGUAUCCCAGCCGCCCUCAAACUAUCAGGCGCCCCUAGUGUUUCCGUUUGGCAGGUUCUCUUCAGCCGUGGAUUCACUCUCAUGCCCAAACUUGCUGGAACAACAGCACUCGCCUAUCUAUACGCCGCUUAUACAGCGAACCAACAAGGCCGUACCUGGAAGGGGCUGGCUGCCAGUGCUGCUCUGACUAUCUCCAUCGUCCCUUUUACCAUUAUCUUCAUGAGUUCAACCAACGACCUUUUGUUCAAGGCGUCUGCUGGAACCUUGGAUGCUUCACCGGAGGACGUGGCUACGUUGAUUGGAAGAUGGGGAGUUUUGAACUUGGUCCGAAGCCUGCUUCCUCUUGCUGGAGCGGCUCUGGGUUCCUCAACUUUGUUUCAGUAAGGAAUGUAGACAUGAGUGGGAAGGUAAAACGUUAUUGGGCCGGGAAAAUUAAACGAAACAACAAUGUAUUGCUAAAGCAAUCAGAUAUGUAGCAAUCAUCACAUUCAACAUAAAUGAAGCCGCUGUAUUUUAUUAUACCCUUCCAACGGAGAUG